CGUCAUUCGAAUCAGGGUGUUGAGUGCGAUUUAUUCUUAAUGCGAUCGAAACGUUAUCGACUACUGAUGGAUCCGUCGCUUGGCAACCGGAGCGCUGAAUGCCAUAACAAUGUCGAUCGCGGUAACGCAGAGUAAACUCACACUAAGCACUUUGUUUUGUAUUUGUUCAUGCUUUCUCUACGAGCGAGCAUGACAUACCUACACUAUAUGUAUGUAUAUGUACCGUAUGUCGUAGUGAUCAUGUAUCUCUAUAUAUAAUAUUAAUGUAUGUAUAAUAAAUACGAUGCCGACAUUUAUUUGUAUUAUCUUAUUUACGCUGCGGCCGCUACCUGCCAUUCUACCUUCAGUCUCACAGAACCACCGUGUUUGAGGAAUAUGAUGCAAGUUGUUGUCGUUUUAUAAAAGUUGUAUUAUAUUUACGAGUAAUCGCUAUUAUGUCUCGCAAUUAAUGAUAUAAUUAUGCGAGACGCGUGACGCAGCAGUCGAUCGACACAAAUACCGACCACACUCGACAAAGCAAAAGUACACAACAUACACAAGAAGACGCGAGGCGAGGCGAGGCGAGGCGCGGCGCGGGCCACGUGAUGCUCAGUGGCCCGCUGUCUCAGAGUGGCACUACAUCGAGGCGCCGGGAGCUGGCGCGGACGGCGGGCACGCCGGGUAUAGCGCACCCAUCGUGGUCGCGCCGCUCCCGCAGUACGCCGGCCACUGGCAGGACGCGGCGCCAGAGCGACGACAUCCCCGUGUUCGACCGGAACAAGGUCAGCCUGGACCUGCCGGGGAGCCUGUUUGGGCCCUCCGUGUCGCUCCUCAUCCGCACUACUAAGAUCAUCGGCGACGUGAUACAGAACUCCGCGGUACGUUACCAGACAUUCCUACGACUUUUCCGGCCACUCUUCCGAGGGCCCUUCGAGAUCAAGGGCCUGGAUCCGCCGACCACCACCACUACUACCACCAGCACGGCAGCUCCGGCGCUCGCGGACAACGAAGUGCGGAGGCGCUGAGGGCAGCCCUCCGCCGCCGACACUGCCUUAGUACUAGCACGCACUCCGCGUACCGCGCCGGUGCACGGCCGCGCCAGUAGCGCGGCCCUCCGAGGGUGCCUCCGACUACCAGACAUUAGCUUUAUUGUUUUCAAAUUCCCUAAGGAAUCUGCCAUCAUACACCGGGAGCUGUAACUAUGUAUUUAAUAAAAUUAGUUUUCUUGUCAACAAUGACAUUUACGUCAUCACGACUCGCUGUGGCGUGGGGACUGUUUGCUCAAC